AUGCUCACAUUCAUGGCUGAAGGAGCUCUACGCAUGAUCCAUGAAUACCCGAUGCCGAUAUUCAGCGGAGCAGGAGCAGCUCCGACGAUUCGAUAUCGGUUUCCUGAGAUAAGAGGAUUUCCGAGUCCGACUCACAAUCAGACCCAGAAUCGGAAUAGUCAAGAUAGAAACGACGUAGGAAUGUGCUCUGUGAAUGGGGAUACCGAGAGAGAGGAGAAAGCCAAAGAAACGCCCGAGGAAAUCACAGCAAGGUAUGAAAAGAUCAUCCGAGGACCCCUCGAUUACCUCCUCUCCAUCCCCGGCAAAGAUGUGCGCGGACGUCUCAUCUCCGCAUUCAACGAAUGGCUUCACAUCCCAACCGAGAAACUCGACAUCGUCAAGGAAAUAAUCGAGCUCUUACACACUGCUUCUCUCCUAAUCGACGACAUCCAAGACGGCUCUCGUCUCCGCCGCGGCCACCCCGUGGCGCACCACAUCUUCGGCGUCCCCCAGACGAUCAACGCAGCCAACUACGCAUAUUUCCUCGCACAAGAGAAACUGAAGGACCUCGACGAUCCAACCGCUGCAUUCUCCAUCUUCACGCGAGAACUCCUGAACCUGCACCGCGGCCAAGGCAUGGAUCUGUACUGGCGCGACGCGCUGGUAUGUCCCUCCGAGGAGGAAUACAUGCAAAUGGUAUCGUAUAAGACGGGGGGAUUGUUUGAGUUAGCAGUGGGGUUGUUACAAGUGGGGAGGGAUGUUGAUGCUGAUGUAGACUUCACCCCCCUAACCCACCACCUCGGCACGAUCUUCCAAAUCCGGGACGACUACCUAAACCUGCAAAGCGGCCUCUACGCCACCAAAAAAGGCGCCAUGGAGGAUCUCACCGAAGGCAAGUUCUCCUUCCCCAUUAUCCACAGCAUCCGUGCACGACCCGAAAACACGACGCUGGUUAGCAUCCUCAAGCAGCGCAGCGAGGACGAGACGCUGAAGGCGUACGCGGUGCGGUAUAUGGAGACGACGUGGUCGUUUGCGUACUGUCGUGAGAAGCUGGCGGGGUUGAUGGGCGAGGCGAGGAGGGUGGUGAGGGAGUUGGAAGAGAGGUUGGGUCCGUGUCGGGAUUUGCAUGGGAUUUUGGAUUUGUUGGAGGUGCCGACGGCUGAGGGGUGGGGGACAGGAGGAGACGAAGAAAGGGGAUGA